GUGCGUAGAGGAUAUGCAAUCCUUACAUGGCGAUGGGUGGUAUUUUUGGUCUACAUCGAUUAUUGAUGCAGCUGUUCAAAUCCUCGGAUUUUUCGUACUCCAAGAAAGAAAGCAGAGCGCAUUCGCAGAUCGAUGGAUGCCGAAAAAGCGCCGUACAGAGAAAUCCGCACGGGUUUUCGAUGGUCAAGAUCGCUCUCCACCUCAGUCUUUUUCACGACCAUACCGUCGAUAUUUCAGGGUGUAUACCAGCAGCCAGUAGGAAUUGCUGGCCUGGAUUACAUCGCACUUGGGCAGGGUUGAUGGUGGCGGCCCAAGUAAACGCGAGAACGCUGGACAAGGUUUAUGUUUAUUUCAAGAACAAGAAUGGUGGAGUUGGAAAGCCGGAAUUCAGAUUGCUUGCCAUGUUUCCCGGAACUCUGCUACUUCCAAUAGGGUGUUUGAUUGCAGGCUGGACUGCUCAAGCCCAUACUCAUUGGAUAUUUCCAGAUAUAGGCAUCUUGCUUGUAGGAGCAGGCUCCUUUAUCAGUUUCCAAACGUUGAUUGCUUUACGCUUCAUGCCGCUUCCGCGCUGGCCGCCGUCUGCUGCCUAGCAGGCUUCGGAUUUCCCUUAUUUGCUCCAGCGAUGUACGGCGCACUCAGUUUCGGCAAGGGAGAUACCAUUCUUACAGCCGUAGCAAUCGUGAUUGGCUGUCCCGCACCCUGGAUAUUUUGAUAUUAUGGGGAGCGAAUACGCAACAGCAGUCGAUAUGCGCAAUCGUAAUUCGUGAUUAGUAAACCUAGACGCGCGUUGUAUGAUAGACGUUUCGCAUGCCCAUCGUGUGUAUCAUAUUUUCCCUGUUCCAUACCUGCCAUAGGAUUAUUUAUUGUCUUGUUUUCACAUAACUUUGAUGUUGUAUAUACCAAACGAUUGUG